ACUACUCACUGACGACGAAAGAAAAUAACGAUGACAACCUUCGUCCACGAGUUCGAUACGCCGAUGUUCAAGGGGAAGGUCAACUUCCCGACUGGUGUGUAUAUUGAUGGGAAGUUCAGCGACGGAGGGUCAAAGACAACUAUUGACGUUGUUGAUCCUAGAAACGGCAAGAUUAUAACCUCCGUCUCUGAAGCUACCCCCGCCGACGUCGAUCGUGCUGUUAUCGUCGCCCAAAAGGCUUUCGACACCGUCUGGGGUCUGAACGCGCCCGGGUCGUACCGCGGAAAGUUGAUGCAUCGGCUGGCGGACCUGAUGGAAGAGAACAAGGAGGAGUUGGCGGCUUUGGAAGCCCUGGAUGUCGGCAAGACAUUCAGAUGGGCUAUGAACGCAGACCUGUCACUGGGAAUUGAUACUAUCAAGUAUUAUGCGGGAUGGGCGGACAAGAUUCAAGGAAAAGUCAUCGAAACCACAACGGACAAGAUGGCGUACACGCGCCACGAGCCCAUCGGCGUAGUCGGUCAAAUCGUAGCUUGGAACUUCCCUCUGAUGUUGAUGUGCUGGAAGCUCGGGCCUGCCCUCGCAUGCGGGAACACUAUCGUCUUCAAACCCUCCGAAUUCACGCCCCUCACCGCCCUCCGCCUCGCCUCGCUCAUCACCGACGCUGGCUUCCCGCCCGGUGUAAUCAACAUCCUCACCGGCCGCGGGCCCACCGUCGGCGAGGCGAUAUCCUCACACAUGAAUAUCGAGAAAUUGUCGUUCACGGGGAGCACGCUCGUGGGCAGGAAGAUCAUGGAGAAUGCGGCGAAGAGCAACUUGAAGGAUGUCAGUUUGGAGUUGGGCGGGAAAAGUCCGAACAUUAUUUUUGAUGAUGCGGAUUUGGAUUUGGCGGUAGCAUGGAGUGCACAUGGGAUUUUCUGGAACCAGGGCCAGGCUUGUUCUGCAGGCUCGAGGAUAUUCGUCCAGGCUAAGGUUUAUGAUGAGUUCUUGAAGAGGUUCACGGUGAAAGCGGAGUCCAUCAAACUCGGUGAUCCAUUCUCCGAGGACGCCCAGCAGGGGCCUCAAGUCUCGCAACAGCAGUUCGACCGUAUCAUGUCCUACAUCGACUCGGGCAAGUCCCAAGGCGCCACAGUCCACACAGGCGGCGUCCGUUUUGGGAAAGAAGGCUAUUGGAUCGAACCGACCAUCUUCACCAACACGAAACCGAACAUGAAGAUCGUCCAGGAAGAGAUCUUUGGACCUGUAGGCGUAUUGAUCAAGUUCGAGGACGAGGAGGACGUGUUGAGGCAGGCGAACGAUACGAUGUAUGGCUUGGCGGCAGCUGUGUUCUCGAACGAUGUGAGUAGGGCUCUGGGCGUCGCGCAUAAGUUGAGGGCGGGGACUGUCUGGGUCAACCAUGUGAACCAGGUGCAUGCGCAGAUUCCGUUUGGUGGGUACAAGCAAUCCGGUAUCGGGCGUGACCUCGGAGAGUAUGCGAUUAAUCACUACACCGCCGUCAAGGCCGUCCAUAUCAAUGUCGGUAAUGUUCGUAUCUAGCGAUCGGGCCCUGCAACUCGACAAUGCCAUCGCGAUUGUGAUUAGCUCAAAAUAUGUAGCAUGUAUGUAUUGUAUGUGUCAAAAUAUCG